AUGGGUGGAUUAUUCGUGUCCUCCUGUGGUGGUGGUGAUGGUGGUGUUGCUGCUGCUGGUGUUGGUGUUGUUGUUGUUGGUGGUGUCGUUGGCAGUGGUGGUGUUGGUGUUGGUGGUGUUGGCGUUGGCGUUGGUGGUGAUGGUGGUGUCAUUGGUAGUGGUGGUGUUAGUGGUGUUGGUGCCAUUGGUGGUGAUGGUGAUGGUGGUGGUGGUGGUGUUAGCGUUGGUGGUGACGGUGAUGGUAAUGGAGAAUUACGUCUGCCCACUUGGGAUAAUACAAUUUUUGGAACAAACAAUGAGCGUUUGCUCACAGUCCUAGUGUAG